UCCGUCAAGGAAAGAGCAUCUUCAAAAUGAAGAUUUCGUUUGGUGUAAAAUCCCCCAUGGUCGUUAACGUAAAUUAUCGAUCGGAAAACAAGAUUUAAAUAAUGUUCUUCUUGGUCAGUCUGAUGUUUGUAUACCUAACUGUCAGCCAUGUCAAUACAGAUGCUGCAAGAGGGAGGAAAUGUUACUUUUCACCAAAAUGUCUUUGUUUCUCAAUUUUACCAACACCAUACUACAACGCAGUAUGUUCCCAUUCACUGUUACAUGCCAUUCCAGUCUUCAAAGAUAACAUACAUAGCAUCGAUUUAAGCUACAAUCUUAUACAAAGAAUACAAAACAGACAUUUUAGUUACAAUGGCAACCUAAAGGAAUUAAAUCUGUCACACAACAAGAUUAAAACAUUGUCAAAUUACUCUUUUCAUGGACUGCGUAAAUUGUCAAAGCUGAUCGUAAGCCGAAAUGAAAUAGACAGUGUAGAAACUAACACAUUUUUCUAUUUACAAUCUUUGACAUAUUUAGACGCGAAACAAACUAAAAUCAAUGUUUCAACUCUGCAAUCUCUUCCGUUUCUGAAAACAUUAAGAAUGGACUUUAUACUAAAUGGGAGUGACAGUCUAUCAUUUAGACUUUUGCAAUUAAAACAUCUUGACUUGUCGGGAACGUCUGGUAGAUGUGACGCUAGAACGUUGACCGUAGAUGUGUUCAAAUUUAUUCCUAACAUAGAGGAUCUCAAUCUUUCCGCGUGUAAAAUCAAUUGGAUCUAUAAGGGAACUUUUCGAUUCAUGAAGAAUCUUUCAAUACUGGAUUUAUCUUAUAAUCCUUGCCUUAAAUUUUCAGUCGCUGAAAAUGUAACCCACGAUUUGAUAUAUACCUCUAUCAAGAUUUUAAAAGUGAAUAAAAUUCAUAAAACAUUUGAGAUGAAUACGAUGAUCAGACGUUCACAUUUAAGAAACUUGAAGAAAACAAAUCUUACAGAACUACAAAUAAAUAGUAAUAGGAUACAAAAAAUUCAGAAAGGGGCAUUACUUUAUCUACCGAGUUCACUUCGUACUAUAUCCAUGUCCGAUAAUGAAUUUUCGUACGGCGAUUAUCUUUCGGAUAUGAUGGUUGUACCAGCUGAACAUAUAAACAUUUCCGAAUUAUUUAAAUCUCACAUUCCUUUAAUCAACGAGGAACAAUGCGACUACCGAAAUAAUAGUAAUUGUGAGGAAGAGAAAGUUGAAAAACACAUUUCUUCAUCAAGUGCAAUUUUUGUUCCUUUGCCAUAUAGGCUUAAAUCAUUGGUCUAUAGAAAAUGCUUGAUUCGAUACGAAAUACCACCAAUUAAUUUGGGGGGAAACAAGAUCGAGUAUCUGGAUGGUCAUCAAAAUAUGUUCUACUCUUUGACAGGUCCAUUGUGUCCCCUAGAUCAUUUGACAUAUCUGGAUCUGUCUGAUAAUAUGAGUUCUAAUGUAUCAAAAGUGUUCUUCCAAUGUACCCCGAAUUUACAGAUACUGCGAUUACAAAAUAAUCUUUUAGGAUUUGUUCUGCCUGAUGAUGUUAACGGUGAAAUAUUACAACAUGUUCCACAACUUAGAGAAAUUAACCUAUCAGAAAAUAGAAUACCGACAUUACCAUAUCAUUUUUUUCAGUCACAAAUUUUAGUUCGACGUUUAUACUUAGAUGGUAAUUUGUUAGAUUAUCUUAUAUUUAAGAUUGACCAUAUGAAAGACCUUAAUUUUCUAGGUCUAUCUAACAACCGAUUUUCGUAUUUGGAUAAAAAAGCAAGGGAUCAGUUAGAAACUGUAUUUAUGAAUAACAAAAAUUUAAGCAUUGAUAUUAGUGGGAAUCCACUUAAGUGUACGUGUGAUACCAAAGAUUUUAUACAAUGGAUGGGAAACACGAAGAUUCAAUUUAAUAGACUGCAUUUCUACACGUGCAGAUUAUCAACCGAUAAAAAGCAAAACUUAAAUAACCCAAAGCGUUUAUAUGAAGAUUUGCAAAAGGAAUGCGCUUCUUACACGUCCUUAAUCAUAGGAUUAAUAUCAUUGGUUGUUUUAUUUGUUUCCAUACUGACUUUAGGACUAGUGUACAGACAUAGAUGGAGAAUUCGAUAUAUGUACUACAUGGUUAAGAUAAGAUAUUUUGAAACUAAGCGAAAGACUAACGAGAAGAAGAUAUACACGUACGAUGCCUUUGUUUCAUACGAAAAUAAUGAUCGAUCAUUUGUCCAUGGACAACUUCUUCGAAAACUGGAGAACGAUGCCGGAUUAAAAUUAUGCAUUCACCAAAGAGAUUUUCUCCCAGGACGUGACAUUGCAGAAAAUAUAACUUCUGCUAUUCACGACAGUCGUAAAAUUGUCGUCAUAAUGUCACCAAACUAUUUAGAUUCCUAUUGGUGUAUGUUCGAAUAUAAUAUGGCAAGAGUAGAAAGUAUUUAUUCUAGAAACAAAGAAAACAUUUUAUUCCUAGUUUUCCUGCAACAAAUGUCACCGAGAGGUUUGCCAUUAUUUGUUUUAGAACUUGUACAGUCACAAUCGUACAUAGAAUACCCUAACGACGAAUAUGGGGACACAGUUUUCUGGGAAAAAAUGAAGGAAGUUUUGGCAUAGACGCCUUUAUACUUUAGUAUGCCAAAGGCCUACAGUUGAACGUUGUUUUGAUGAGUCUCAAGCUGUUUCAAUGACUUUUAAACUUAACACAGGGUCAGCGAAAACAGAUUUUUCCACUUCGUCACAAUGUUCUUCGUAAAUAGAAAAGAAGGAAUUAUUUUCAAACUAACAUUUAAGAAGAUUUAAAAGUGGUUUUUCUAAUGUGAUUCGUUUUUCUUUUUAAGUUUUUAGGAAAUCUUUGAGAUAUGUAAACGAUUUGUUUUUUCGAUGAAAGGAGUUUCAAAUUCAGUAAAUAAGGUUUCUUUUAACCUUGUUUCAGUAUUUCACAGAAAAGGAAGGAUCGGUUUCUUUUAAUCGAUGCUGAACGUCAACUGAACGUUGGGACAAUGAUUUCAGAUUUUCUUAUGUCAUCUUAUUGUCAACUUUCCAUUGCAUAACAACAUUCUAUUAUCUAUAAAAUGGCAUUCUCUUGUCUGAUUUGACAAGUUAUAUUUGAAAAGUAUGCUAGAGCUUACGUUAAUUAUGGCAAAAUCACUUAUUCACAAGAAUACACGAGAUUCCAAUUUCGAUUUUAUGAGUGAACUGCCUUUGGUUGACUUGGGUUCAUUUGUGGGGAAUAUAUAGUUAUCAAAGGUACCAGGCUUUUAAUUUAAUACGCCAGACGCGCGUGUCGUAUACAUAAGACUCUUAGAUUGCUUAGAUCAAAAAAGUUAGAAAGCCAAACAAGUAUAAAGUUGAUGAGCAUUGAGGACCCAACAUUCCUAAAAGUUGUGCCAAAUACGGCUAAGAAAAUCUAUACCCGGGAUAAGAAAAUCCUAAGUAUUUCGAAUAAUUCAUACUUUUGCAAACAGUUAAUUUAUAAAAAUGACCAUAUAAUGCAUUAUAAGAAAAUUAUAGCACCAAUUGGAAGGUCAUGUAUAGUCACAUAACUAAAAUGUAAACUAAGAAGGUUUUGAGAAAGAAAGAUUGAUUUCAUCACCAGGAAAUCAAUGUGACAAAAAAAGAUUGACAUUAUCACAUGAUAAGUACUACGGUCGCUUUAAAAAAAAAAGAUCCUUUAAAUUAUAUUGCUUCAGCUCCUCACCUCAUUACUUACACUUUUGAUACCGCCAUAGAUUCCAUUUGUCCACGGGCAUUUGGACAUGACUACAAGUUGAGACGUUUUGGUGUGGAAUUUAAAAAAAUUCUUAUUAUUGUGUUUUGAUUAAUAUUUAAUACUUAAACAUUCUUUACUGGCGUGUAAUUUUUUAUAAUAUCGCACGUUCUUUAAACAUACAAAUUAAGUUAACUAGCUUUAAAAGUUACAAUGCACGUGUUGGCUAUUAUCUUUUUCGGACGUCAAAGAGAUUUAAUAAUUGCGGUUGUCUAAUUUUUUCACUUAGUAUCUUUUAACUUUUAUCUUGUCUAACAUUUUAUUCUAAAACGAAUGCAUGAUCAACUAGCAAUUACAAAACAUAGACAAAAUAUACUUUCGUACGGUCUUUUUCGUACUUGCAAAAUAUUGGACAGUAAACGCUAGUUGGACCAAGUCUUAUGAAAUUUGAAUAUAACUUUAUGAAAUAGGUAAAGUGUACUGUUAGGUGUAUAUAGGAAACCGGAACUUUUUUUUACUUGUGAAAAACCCUUGACAGCAGAAACGUAUUCAUGAUUAUGCACAGACUAUUCCUCCUUUGUGUGUAGUUUUUUUUUUCUUUGGGUGGGGGUGUUCAUGCACAUACCUGAACAUUAUUUUUUUAAUAUCAGGGUCGAAAACUACGUCCCUACUUUUGGAUGUAAAUCGACAAUUAGAUUUGUUUCCCUCUUUUUUCUGAAAUAAAGUAUUUUUUUUCUUUUCCAAGUUUUUUAGAAUCAAUUUGAUAUUUUUUUAAAUCGACCAAACUUACACACUCACACAAUAAUGCAGUUUAUAGAAAUUCAUAACAGCGUGGACAUGGACAUAAUGUUUGAUUUUUAUUUGUUUAUUGGUCCAUAAUAUGAGUGUAUUUAAAACCCUCUUUUCAAAGAAACGAAACAACUAAUCGCUAAUAUGAGCGUAGAACUAAAUAUAUAUUGUGUUCUGUAAAUGUAAAUAUAAAUGAAGAAAAAGUAAGAAAAAUAUUUAUAGUCCAUCAUGCAUUGUAAAUCAUUCAGUGGAUUGGUCAAUCGCUUAAAAAACAACACUUUAUUUGUUAACAAACACUAAUACAUGCAUUGAAGGGAGCAUAAGUAUGCUAAAUAAUAUAAGGAAAUAUGUCUGACCUCUUAAAUGCAGCUAUUUUUUUUUUAUUUGAAAAACGAAUUGACGGGUCACAGCAAUUACAUUUAGAAUUGAACUUACUUUUUUUUCAAUUUGUGUUUCAGUAUCUAUCCAGGAAUUGAACAUCUUCACAAUACCUUUUAUAUUAGAGUAAUCAUACGAGAGCACACAGUUUAAAGGUUAUCAUUACACUGUUACGGGUUAUGUUGACAUAGAGUGCAUUUCUUUUUAACACAAACGAUGCAAACGGCUAAGCGCGCACAUGUUUUGAUCAUUUGUUUCUAACAUACGUUUGCAAAGUUUACAUAAACUUUGACAAACUAGGGAAGGUGUAAAAGACAGAUAUGAGAUACAGCGAUACAAGACACGAGAUACGAGAUACAUGAAAUAAAAUAUCUGUGAAAUAUACUAAAAUUUGUAUCAUAAUUAAUUAAAUCGAGGUCUCAAUUAAACAUGGUAGCAAACGUCAUUUAAAGCUGUCAUGUACUGAAUGCUUGAGUGGAGUGAAGUUGUGGGUGUACAUUUUUUAAUUUUAUAAGUAAACCCAUUUUCAGUAUACAGUUUUUGUACAAUGUAUCACAGUAUCCCCUUAUAUACAUGUAUGUCUAGUACAACUUCUUACUUCAUUCUUUGAAUAUGGUAUGAUUUUGAUUAUACAUGUACAUGUACUUUGUUCCAAUAUUAUAACUAACUUAAGGUGGUAUGUGUAUCUCCAAACAUGCAAAGUUCAUGUCACAUACACAUAUUUGAAGGUGCUUUGAAAUAGUGUACAGGUUAUAACUUUUUACUUGAAAACAAAGUGUCUGUUGUUAUUUUUAGGCAAAUACAAAUUCACCAGAAUAAACUGCAGUCUUCAAACCAAACAAAACUUUUAGUUUCAUUAAAUUCUGUAUUGUUCA